AUGGAUGCCAUGGAACAUAGAAAAGAGCCUGCUAACGAUAACGCAACUCAUUCAUCAUCCACGAAGCAAAAAGAGAAAAGCCGUGCAAAUGGGAAAAAGCUAGUAGCCAAAAGAAAAGGAGAGAAAGUUCCGAAAUUUAACAUUCCAGGGUCUGCAAAUCGGUUAAAGAUCAAGGAGAAGGCUGUGCUUACAGAUGUAUUCUCCAAAUAUGGACCAAAAUCUCCUGUCUCUGUAAAAGAACAGAGCUAA